AUGACCUGGAAAUAUUAUAAAGAAACAACAGAUUUAUUGUAUUUUGAGUGUACAGAUAUUAAUAAAGUUCACAAUCAUGGACAAAUUACCACAAAUGAUGAGCAGAACUUGCUAGAAUGCGAAUUGAUACCAGAUAGUAUCAGAAAUGAAGCUAUAAAUUACUAUAUAGAAGGAUUCACUGUUAAGCAAUUGCAGAUGAUGAUAAAUUCUACUCAUAAAAACUAA